GCUGCAGAGCAGGCGAAGAGCUGGUGAAAAUAUCAGAGCUGUACCCCGAGGACAUCAAUGCCAUGCAGAGAUUCCAGGUGGAGGAGACGGUGCUGGACAAGCUGAAGAUCACCUUUGAGAACAGCACUGACUUCUUUGGGAGGAUCGUGGUCUACCACCUAGGGGUGCUGGGGGAGAGGCUCUAG